AUGGCAAAAAAAGUUCCUGGUACUGCAGAAUUACCAACUGAACGUUUUCUCGACAUUGUUCAUGAACCAUUAAAACUACUAUCUCCGAUCAAAAAUUAUGAAAAACAACCACUCGUCUCAUUAGAAGAGGCAGUGAAACCGAUAGAACAUCUGUUUGAUAAUAUGCAGACAGACGUCUGGGUGGCAAAAAACAACUGUAACAAGCCGAAAGAUGGCCUAUCCAUCAAUGAGUCGGCUGCCAUUUAUCUUUAUAGUAUGGAAUCUAUUUAUUCCGAAUUAAAUGCAGCACUUCGUGACAAGGAUCGAAAACGACUCAUUCCAUUUUUCUCCUACUUAAAGCUAUUCCUAACGGCUUUGUGGAAAUUAGAAUCGGUUAAAUGUGUUGUUUGGCGUGGGGUUAAAGCGGAUAUCACAAUAGGUGUAUUGGAGAAAGAACAAUUUCUUGGUAAAACGGGCAGACGUACUCUCUUUAUGAUUGAAUGUUUAAACGGAAAAGUGAUUCAAAACCAUUCACAUUACGAAUCGGAGCAUGAAGUUUUAUUGCUGCCUUGCAGCCAUUUUGAAGUUGUCAGUAAACUGGAUCAAGGAUACGGUCUUCAUACGAUACAUGUCAGACAAAUACAACCACCUGUCUCUUUGAUUCAACCACCAUUCGAUGUAGCAGCUGCUUUUGUACAUCCUGACGUCACACACCAUACAACAUCGUCUCCCAAAGCCGUUGCUGUAGCACAACAGAACAACUACAUGCUUCAAUGUCCGCAAUGCAGUAAGAAUUUCUCGAAUAAUGACGAAAAUAAUUAUAUGAAACAUGUAACACAGUGCUUGAAUGACGAGAGUAUACAACCUCCAUAUACCGCUUCUAAAAUAGCCUCAGCCAUUCCACUGAAUCUUGAUGAAUCCAGUAUUCGGACAAAAACUUCGGCAUUGAAUUUUGAAAGUUUAAAAGAGAAACCACGCAUCUGUCUGAAAGUACACAGUGAGGCGGGGCGUGCAAUGGUUGGCAAUGAUCAAUAUUUACUUUAUUGUGACUCCAGACGGCUUCGUGUUUUUGACAGACAAGUAAGCGAAAAAUUUACUGUAGAGGCACCAUUCAUGGUACUAGACGUCUGUUGGUCAUUGCGGUUAAACCAAUUUCUUCUAUUAUCAACUGACCGUAAAAUGCUUUGUGCAUUAAACUCGACUGGCAUGCUACAGGAACCAACGAAAGUUAAAGAAUUCAGCACUGAAAUAUCUAGCUGCGCAUGUUACAAUGAUCAGUUUAUUAUAACAACUACCGGCAAAGGAUCAUUGAUUGAAGUGUACAAUAUAACCACUUGGAAGCUAAUUCAAACAUACAAACCACCACACUCCUGCAAACAAAAUCAAAAUAUUUUUAAAAUUCGGUUUAACAGCACUGGCUCCCAUGUAGGUUUAAUCCUAGGUAAAGGCAAACAUCCUGAAUGGAAAUAUUGGUUUGAACUUCGUAAUUCAAAUAUCAUAUCUGUGCUACAAAUGACGGAACUUGGAACCAACAUUGACUGUUGUGCCCUUCUUUCCCUUCCUCACCAACAGUUUUUGGGAGUAUCCCAAUACCGAAAUAGCCUGUUUAUUAUUGAUUCUGACGGAAAACACAAAGAAAUUCAGAUCGCGUCUAAAACUGUUCAGUCUUUGGGUUUAAUCAAUGAAAAAUGGUUGGUAUUGGAAACACAUGAAACUUGGGGCUCAGUUACGGAACUGCACUUGUAUGAUCUAUGA